AUGUCUGCCCAUAUUCCCAUUGCUGUGCGUGACCGCGUGAGCGAGCGCGCACAGAAGAUAUUGGACAUUGUAGCCAAGUUUGUCGAGGAAGACUGCAUUCCGGCCGAUCCUGUAUUGGAGGUUCAGAUUGGAGUGGGCGAUGAGAGAUGGCAGUCGCAUCCGCCUAUCCUCGAGGACUUGAAGAAGAAAGCCCGGUCUCUGGGCCUGUGGAACAUGUUCCUGCCCAAGGGCCACUACAAGGAGUCGCCUGGCUUCACCAACCUCGAGUACGGCCUGAUGGCCGAGUGGCUGGGCAAGUCGAGGGUUGCCUCUGAGGCCGUCAACUGCUCCGCGCCGGACACGGGCAACAUGGAGGUGUUGGCCAAGUAUGGCAAUGACGCACAGAAGGCGAAGUGGCUCAAGCCGUUGAUGGAGGGUGAGAUCCGCUCCGCCUUCUUGAUGACGGAGCCCCAAGUCGCUUCGUCCGAUGCUCGCAACAUUGAGAUGAAGAUCGUGCAGGACGGCGACUACUACGUUCUCAAUGGCCAGAAAUGGUGGUCCAGCGGUGCGGGAGACCCUCGCUGCAAGGUCUACAUCGUCAUGGGCAAGACCGACGCCGGCAACAAAGACCCCUAUAAGCAGCAGUCAGUCAUCAUCGUGCCGGCCGACACCGAGGGCAUCACGAUUCACCGCAUGCUGUCAGUCUACGGAUACGACGACGCGCCGCACGGCCACGGGCACAUCACCUUCAAAAAUGUCCGCGUUCCGGCGAGCAACAUGGUGCUUGGCGAGGGCCGCGGCUUCGAGAUCAUCCAGGGCCGUCUUGGCCCCGGGCGCAUCCACCACGCGAUGCGGACGAUUGGCGCCGCCGAGCGGGCCCUGGAAUGGAUGCUCAUGCGCAUCAAUGACCCCAGGAAGACCACCUUUGGCAAGCAGCUGCGCGAGCACGGCGUCAUCCUCGAGUGGGUGGCCAAGUCCCGGCUCGAGAUCGACGCUGCGCGGCUCGUCGUGCUCAACGCCGCCAUCAAGAUGGACGAGCAGGGCCCCAAGGCCGCGCUCAAGGAGAUUGCCCAGGCCAAGGUCUUGGUCCCGCAGACCGCGCUGACCGUCAUUGACCGGGCGGUCCAAUCGUUUGGCGGAGCCGGUGUCAGCCAGGACACGCCGCUGGCAAAUAUGUGGGCGCAAAUCAGGACGCUGAGGUUGGCGGACGGCCCGGAUGAGGUGCAUCUGCAGCAGAUGGGCAGGAACGAGAACCGGCAAGGCAAGGUCGUUGCUGAGAAGAUUGCCGCGCAGAGGGCGAAGACGGAGCAGCUGAUGAAGCAGUACGGCGCGAAGCGGACCGAGCUUGGUUCCAACAUCAAGCGGUCCAAUAACUGA